AUGACGGUGAUUUUUUGGUAUGACCAACAUGACGCUACAUCUGCCGGAUUCUUUGCAUUCGGACAAGAGGAAGGCGAUACGUUAUUGACAGCAGAGGGAUCAUCUAAUUUAGUAACGCCAACCGUACCGUUGGCCACUACCGACAAUGAUUUUAACAAUUUCUAUAUUGACUCUAAUGGCAUCAUUUCUCUUAAUUCAAUUUUCGUAUCGCUGAAUCCCGAAGAUUUCUCUUCCCUCUCCUUAAACGUUGACCUGUUCGCACCUUUCUGGAUGGAUGUAGGCCAGCUGAGUGAUACCCGAAUCUACUACCAGCUCUAUGAUAAGAACAAUAUCCGACCUGAAACUAACCUAACCCUCUUCAACCAGAACCUCGAUUCCAUUGACCAGAUAGUACGAAAGUACAAAGCCCAUUCAAACUACAUUUCCAUCUGGUCACUCGUAGUCACGUGGCUAAAUGUCCAUCCGGAAGUUUCAGCUGCUGAAGCCAGCGAGAAAUUAUCCUUCCAGGCAGUUAUCACAACAAACGGCAUUAACUCCUACUAUAUGACAGUGUAUAACAACUUCUUGAUGGUACCAACAAUCGGCAGACAGAUUUCGAUCGGCUACAAACUGGGAACAAUGAUCGAGCAGAAUCAGAAUUCAUUCCAACGCUCAGCUGCGCAGAUGGAUGUCUGGCGAGGAAAUCAGGAUCUUUCUGGGUUCUACUUCUACGAGAUAACUCCAUCUGAUGCCCAAGGCACAACUCCACUUUUAGAAUGUCUGAACUGGUACAGUGGCAAUCUUGCUGGAACUGUGGAAAACCCAGAUCCAUUCGCCAAUUUCGUUCCUGACGCCACCACGAUGUGUCCCUGUGAUUUCUUAACGCGAAUCUUGGACUGGCGGUUUUCAGUUCUACCUGCCUACAUCCGAGAUGGAAUGUACUGUGUGUCCGGGUUAUUAACGAGUAUCUUUCCGUCGACCAGAGAAUGUUGCUACACCAGCCAGUUCGGAUUUUUAAUUCGAGAAGAGUCUCGUUUCCUUGCGAGACAUCCGCUAUUGCCUGGCUUCGAUGCCCAAGAUAACAUUCCCAGAAGACAGUGCUGUACAGAAACGAACGGCUGUCGCUAUUGGCGGAGACUUCGGCCAAUCACAAAGCAGUGUCGGGUCGUCGUUCUCUUAAUUGUUGGUUUCAUGUACGGGGAUCCUCAUUUCACCUCUCUGGAUGGGAAAACAUUCACAUUCAAUGGUAAAGGAGAGUAUAUUAUGCUCAAAGUCAGCAACGGGAACCAUAGUCUGGAACUGCAGGCUCGCACUGGACAGGCCACGUCAGAAAAUGGAACAGACCUCAGAGCAACAGUUUUCACGGCGUUUGCCGGCAAAGAUUUCAACGCCAACGUUUCGUUCCAGGUGCAGCUAUCCCAAGAUAAAACAACUAUGGAAAUAUAUUUGGAUGGACGGGACUUCACUUUUCCUUUCUAUAACAACACAAAUUUCAGUACCAUUGUUAAAAAUCAGAUUAAUGCAGUGCGACUUGAGGAUACUCUUUUCCUGGGACUCAUCAACUCCGACAUUUCAUUGCGCUUCCAAGUGAGCGCACGGAUGUUGUCCAUUUCGCCUUCCAUCCCCGAAGGCUUUAGAGGCUCGUUGACUGGGUUACUGGGAAACUUCAAUGGUAACCCCAACGACGAUUUUAUCUUUCCAAACGGCACAAUUCUUCCUAACGUUAACAUGACUGAGAAGGAGAUUUUCGAUUACGGUCAAACAUGGGCUGUUAACGAGACCACGUCUUGUUUCGACUAUUUCGGAAAGACAUUUUCGACUUUUAACGAUCCUUCGUUUGUACCAGCUUUCCAAGUGGACUUUAAUUCCAGCCAAAUAGAGGAGGCCAAGCGGGUUUGUGGCAGCCAAAGCGACGCAUGUAUUUAUGACUAUUUAGUGACGAAUGACCAAAAUGUUGCCAUGGUAUCUAAAAACAUUGAGACAGAGGCUGAAGAUACUCUCAACAUCUUGGGAAACACACCGCCGGUAGUAAAUGGUACCACAUCGCUGAUUGCGGAGGUCGGCAAACUAUCAAGUUUCACGGUCACAGCUUCCGAUGCGGAUCCCGCCGACACCCCAUCUUUCGUUAUCAUCAAUCAACCAGUUGCCAACUUCAGUUUUGACAACACUUCCGGGCUUGUAAGCUGGACUCCUGAAAACACUGAUAUAGUGUCCAUUAGUUUGACAGCUGUGGACAAUUACAAUAUAUCUGCCCCUCCGCUAGAGGUGGAAAUCAUCCUCUGUCCGGGGUGUAGUGGCAAUGGCACGUGUAACUACACCCAGACAAUACCCACCACGAACGAUAACUUUCAGUACGCCACAUGUGACUGCAAUAUUGGCUAUGAAGGUGCAAACUGUAGUCAGGAGGUGGACGGGUGUGCGGGUAGCCCGUGUUCUGUCCGCCGGAACUGUACCGACCUGUCCCCGCAGGAGGAAGUAAUGUACGGAGCGCCAUUUAUCUGCUCCGAUUGUCCAGCUGGUUUCGAAGCGGUAGGGAGCUUAUGCAAAGACAUUGACGAGUGUCUGAAUGCCAGUGUAAAUAUGUGCAACCAAAACUGCACCAACACGGAAGGGAGCUUUAUGUGUAGCUGUCUUCCUGGUUAUCGGGAACUCCAAGGUGUUUGUACUGACAUCAACGAAUGUAUCGAAGAUACGGAUGGGUGUGAACAAAUGUGCAACAACAACGAGGGUAGCUUCACCUGUGGUUGUUUCUUCGGUUACCAAAUACAAGCGGAUGAACGAUCUUGUAGCAAAGUGGUUGAUGUUUGCCAAGACCUUAACUGUUCUUAUGCCUGCUCUAACAACACUGAUAGUGGAAAUCUCGAAUGUGAAUGUCCUGGAGGCUACGAACUUGAUGCUUCCAGAAAAAAUUGUGUUGAUAUUAAUGAAUGUGAAAGAAACAUAUGUCAGCAGGAAUGUUCAAACAACAUCGGAAGUUACGAGUGCAGUUGUUUGCCAGGUUACUCUCUGGAUCCAGACAAAACAUCUUGUAAAGCCUGUGACUACCCGUAUUGGGGUCGAAAUUGUGCCAAUACCUGUGCAUGUGGAGAAGGGGCGUCUGAAUGUGAUGCAGCGACGGGAUGUGUUUGUAAGUCAGGAUGGACUGGACCCGAGUGCAACAACGAUAUCAAUGAGUGUAAAAAUGAGCCACUUAUCUGUGGGGCGGACAAAACGUGCGAAAACAUCAAUGGGUUCUAUAGGUGUAAUUGUUACAGUGGAUAUGAGAAAAUCAACACCACGUGUGUCAAUAUAAACGAAUGUCAGCUAGAAACACAUAACUGCCCAUCGAACUCUGUGUGUGAAGAUAAUGAUGGGGGAUUCACAUGUCAGUGCCUUACAGGCUAUGUCAACGAUAGGUCCAACCUUUGUAAAAACAUAGACGAAUGCGCAAUAGGCACACAUGGCUGCACUCAGAUUUGUAAGGAUGUAGACGGAAGCUAUAACUGUUUCUGUGAGGAUGGCUUCCAGCUGGCGUCCGAUAGGAAGACUUGUGUCAAAGUCUCUGAUACGUGUGCGGCAUUCUCUGGACUAACUUGUAGUUAUGCCUGUCGUUUAAAUGGAAGUAAUCCAGAAUGUUAUUGUCCAAAUGGAUACCAACUGACCUCGGAUCAACAAACAUGCGAAGAUGUAAAUGAAUGUACAGCAGGACUGGAUCUGUGUAAUCAGGACUGUAGCAAUAAUCCUGGAGGAUACACCUGUUCCUGUGCUGUCGGAUACCGUCUGGAAAAUGAUGGCCGCACAUGUGCAGCGUGUGAUUCUGAACAUUGGGGGCAAGGAUGUGCAAACAUUUGUCACUGUGGUCCUGCCGGUACUACUUACUGUGACAGUGUGACCGGUUGUGUGUGUAAGGACGGAUGGACAGGACCUCAAUGUACGGACGAUGUCAAUGAGUGUCUGAUAGGAAACCGAUGUCCAGGAAUCAAUGAAGAGUGUAUGAAUAUCCAGGGGUCAUACAUGUGUCGUUGUGUUACUGGAUACUCCAACGUAACAGGCACCUGUCAAGACAUCAACGAAUGUAACACUACAAAUGUAUGUACUCAGGACUGUACCAACACGCCGGGCAGCUACACCUGUUCUUGUUUUUCUGGAUUCAAGGGCACGGAUACUUGUACCGACAUCGACGAGUGCGCCAUACACCAAGACGGAUGUGACCAUUUCUGCUCCAACUCCAUCGGCAGUUACCGGUGUUCUUGUCGGGACGGAUAUGACCUCGAUCUCAUCAACCGUAAAAAAUGCAUAGCUAAGGUCACGUGUACUAACUCGACCUGCAGUCAGUCAUGUGCAAUAGGCAGUAAUGGGAGACAAUACUGCUCGUGUGAACCUGGUUAUGCAUUGGCUGGCGACAAUGUCACGUGUAACAAAUGCGAUGUUGGAUUUUAUGGAAGGAAUUGCAGCGAAGCUUGUGCAUGUGAAGUCCAAAAUACGAUCUCUUGUGACAAAAUGAACGGGCAAUGCACAUGUAAGAGUGGAUGGAAUGGAACCACCUGCGCGGACAAUAUUAACGAAUGUGAUCUUGGUCUGGACAAUUGCCCUUCCAAAACGACGACUUGUCUUGACACUAAUGGGACCUUUGUAUGUGACUGUCACAAUGGUCUUGCUGUAAAUAAUGACGGACAAUGUGUGGAAUGUCCAAACGGGCGAUACGGCUAUCACUGUGACAGCGUAUGCGCGUGCAAUUUCAACCGCACGGAUACAUGUAAUAAGGUGAAUGGCACAUGUAACUGUAUGACGGGAUGGACUGGCAUCGACUGCAAUACAAACAUCAAUGAAUGCGACGUUCCAAUGUUAUGUGGUUCACAUGCAGACUGCAUAGACACAAAUGGGUCUUAUGAGUGUGUCUGUGUUCAGGGAUACUCAAAUCUCGGCAACGGUACAUGUAUAGAUCAAAAUGAAUGUCUGGUUGGCGCUCACAACUGUAGUCAGUAUGCUAAUUGUACCAAUACUGACGGUUCGUUCACCUGUGCGUGUAAUGGCGGAUUUGAAGGAGAUGGAUAUACAUGUACAGAUAUUGACGAGUGCAUUAACGGAUCAGACAUAUGUCUGCCAAUCGCCAACUGUACCAAUACCAUAGGAUCAUUCUACUGUAAGUGCGGAGAAGGUCUACCUGGAGAUGGAAUCGUGUCCUGUACAGGAUUCACCGGUCGGAUGUUCCGUUUACUUACCUCAUUUAUCUUCACUGUGACGGACACACAAGCUUUAGAGAAUACCACCAGCAGCUACUACCAGGGGCUCCUCUCCAAUUUUACUGAAGGGUACAACGAUGCGUAUAACAGAACUAUACCAUACUUCAAUGGCGUGAGAAUUACAGCAAUGAGGGCAGGUUCACUUAUUGUGGAACAUGAGCUGUAUACGCUAAACAAUCCAGACGUUGUCAAUAUCAUCAUCAAAGCAAUUCAAGACAUCACAUUUGAACGAGAACCAUUUUACGCGGGAGGUCAGACUAUCCCGGUCAUUUUAUACGGAAUCCAGGACUUAAACGGAACUUUUCGAAAUUAUACGAAGGCAGACUUCAGUGCCUGCGACAUACUUGAUGCUCUAGAGCCGUGUACAAACGGAAGUGUUUGUACAUUUGCCGAUGGACUCUACUCCUGCCAACCACCACAGUCAAUGGAUAAUUUCGCCAUCAUCAUGGGUCUUGGAGUUGGCUUAACGUUGUUAUUACUAUGUACAUGCUGUUGCUGCAUGUGGCUUGUAUUUAUGUGGCGCAAGAAAAGGAGGAGGCAUCGGCAGCUAGAAGAGCUAACUAGAAAUAGAUCCCGAAGAGAUAGGUAG